AUGUGCUGCAAUCAAACUCAUUACGAACUGCCCGGACUGCCGCGCAAACCAACAAACUCCAACAAGCACCUUAGCAAGAAUUUGCGCUGGCGCCGCUCUCCUGACAUCGGCAGCGCUGCGCUCGUCUGGUCGCUCACCGGGUGCAUGCAACAAUGCCCGAAAUAUGACAGCAAACAUCAGAAGGGAAAGGGGCAAUCAACUCAUCACUUUCUGCAACCAGAGUCCUGUCCGGCUUCUUCAUUUCACCACUACGCACCACCAAUGCCGACUCAUUACAAAUGCCCCCGAAUGCCCACAGCGGCCUUGCAUGUGAACGAGCGUCGCCAACUUGGAUACGGCCGCACAUCAGCGUUGUGA